AUGGCAUCCGACACUUCCCUCUACGGCACCCGCAAACCAAAAACCACCCCCAAAGAACUCUCCUCCUCCACCUCCUUAGCCUUUACCUCAACCCUCUCCUCCCUACUCUCCACAUCCACCCCCUCUGCAACAGCAGGACGUCCACGCCCCUCAAAAGCAGCCAAAAACGACAUAUUCACCUCCCACAACAAAAACACCAAGAAGCGCGCAGCCCGAGAUCUAGACGAAGAUCCAGACGAUGCGCGACCGCAACAGCGAAAAGACAUAGGCAGCGUAGACGAAGCCUUGUUGCACCGCAGUAAAAAGAAACUCGCCGCGAAAGCAAAACUGUACAAAGAAAUGAAACGCUCCGACUAUGCGGGAGACGAAGGCGAUGCGCUGGUGGACUUUGAUAGGAAGUGGGCUGAGAAACAAGGAUCAAAACAGGGACAAGGUGAUGGCGAGCCGUCAAGCUCAUCCGAGGACGAAGGACCAGCGCCAGAUGAGGAGAUCGUGGACUACGAAGACGAGUACGGACGGUUACGGCGGGGCCCGAAAUCAGAAGCUGAGCGUAUGGAGCGGCGGAAGAGGAACCAGACGCUAGGACAGGAAGAACUCGAUCGUAUAUCGGCGCGGCCUGCGCAGCCCUCCAAGCUCAUCUACGGCGACACGGUGCAAACGCUAGCCUUUAAUCCGGACGAGGACAAGAGCGUGAAAAUGGAAGAGCUGGCCAGGAAGAGGGAUCGCAGUAUGACGCCACCGGAGAUGAAGCAUUAUGAAGCGGAUAAGGAGUAUCGGGUUAAGGGGGUGGGGUUUUAUGCGUUUAGUAAGGAUGAGGAGUCCCGGAAGAGGGAGAUGGAGGAGUUGAGCAGGGAGAGGGAGGUUACGGAACGGACGAGGAAGGAAAGAGAACUGAAGAAGGAUGAGAGGAAGAGAGAGCUUGAGGAGAGGAGACGGGUGUUGGGGGAGAAGAGGGCGAAGAAGCAAGCGGAUGCUUUCUUGGAAGGGCUGGGUGCUGAUCUCGGAGUUGGCCCUGGAAGUAAUUGA